AUGAUCAAGAAUGCUGCAAAGUACACGGAUGUUUGGAAGAUUAAGAAAUUUUCAAAGUUAAAAGAUGAAUGCUAUUACUCCAAACCAUUCACCGCAGGGAACCAGAGAUGGAAGAUAGUGAUAUAUCCCAAGGGAAAUAGUACUUCAAAGGGUACCCAUCUUUCACUUUACUUAACAUUGGCUGAUGUAAAAAAGUUACAUCCUCGCUCCCAAAUCCUUACAAAGAUUACCUUGCGCAUUGUAGAUCAAAUGCAUCACAAGCUUCAUUGUUGUAUAUCAGGUAAUUUUUGGUUCAGCGCUUCCCAAAGGAGUUGGGGUCGGGCGUCAUUCAUCACACUGGUCACUUUGAAUGAGGCAGACGAAGGCUUUUUGAUGAACAAUACUUGCAUAGUGGAGGCAGACGUCACCGUCGUUGCACUUGCUAAAGCACUAUAG